AAGACUUGUCACAGGGGACUCACGUGGACGAGACGCUCUUAAAACCAAGCUCCUGACUUUUUCUCAAGUUCAAUUUUUUUGGGAUUCCCACCCACCCCAAUCACAUCUCGUCCCUCUUAACUUGCCAGUUGUGACUAUUUAACCUAGUUUACCUCUCCUCUUGUUUUUAUUUCCCCCCCUCUCUUCUUGUGCAUCGCUCUACUUCUUCGCCUCGUCCCGCGUCUCCAGCUUCUUCCUCCUUACUGCUGCAGCUCUUGGACACUUUUCUUCCUCAUUUCAGUUCGUUUUUUUCAAGGCUUUGCUGUUCUUCCUAUGAGGAAUGCCAACAGUUUUUUUAUGACGAUCCGCUCUGAAAACCAUCCUCCGCUCAUCUCUCAGGUCUGACGCGCCUGCAGCUGUCCAUGGUGCUGAAACGCGGUUUGCCGAAGUCCCCCGAUGCGCUGCUGCUGCUUCAACAUUUCCAGAGAUAUCAAGAAUUUCUGGGUCUUUUCCUCUUUCGCACAUGAGAACAUAUCAGCAGUAACAGGCUCAUCUUCCCGGUGAGAAGGAGCUGAACAAAAUCGAUUGUGACUUCAGCGGCUGCACUGAUCCUAUCUUCCAAAAACAAGAAAAUUGGAUAAACAGUUUGUUGUAACUGAGUUUAGCCCGGAAAUAUUUUUAUCUAGGAGGGACUGGAAGUAGCGGGUGAAAAAUCUCCCACAAACAUUUGUGUUGAAGCUGGGAGGGGUGCCAUUUCACCUCUUACAUUCCCCUCUUCCUCCCAAAAUUAAAAAUUAUCCCCUAAUACCAAAUGGUAAAUUGAGGAGGCCUCAUCGAAACAAUGGAGGCGUCCGCCAAUGGGUCCAGUUUUGGCAUCGACUCGCUUCUGUCCCACAGGCCUGGAAGUCCAGUAUCCAAAGGGGACAGCCUGGUGGGGGAGUGCCGUUCGCCUUUGGAGUUUAGCCCGCGAUCAGACGUGGAGAGCGGCUGCUCGUCGCCCCCGUCUCCGAGGAGGGAGUGCGUGGAGGAGAUAGCCCAGAGGCAAGGUCACGGCGUGGCCCUGCCACCACACCUCCAGCACGCGCAGAUAUCCGCGGCGUCGCAGCAGAGGACCGUGACCUCGUCGUUCCUCAUUAGAGACAUUCUCGCGGACUGUAAGCCUCUGGCUGCAUGCGCACCUUACUCCAGCAAUGGACAACCGACUCAGGAGGCAGGGAGGCUGGCCUCUAAGAUAGCGGACGAGUUUUUGGAGAAAAUCCACAGCAACUCAUCGUCGGACAGUGAAUAUAAAGUAAAAGAAGAGGGUGACAGGGAGAUCUCCAGCAGCAGAGACAGUCCCCAGGUCCGGCUUAAGAAGCCGAGGAAGGCCCGGACGGCCUUUACAGACCACCAGCUGGCCCAGUUGGAGCGCAGCUUCGAGCGCCAGAAGUACCUGAGCGUUCAGGACCGCAUGGAGCUGGCGGCCUCCCUCAACCUCACUGACACGCAGGUCAAGACCUGGUACCAGAACCGGAGGACAAAGUGGAAGAGGCAAACGGCCGUUGGGCUCGAGCUCCUGGCGGAAGCUGGAAACUACUCCGCCCUGCAGAGGAUGUUCCCGUCCCCGUAUUUCUACCCGCAGAGCCUGGUGUCCAACCUCGACCCUGGGGCGGCCCUAUACCUGUACAGAGGGCCCUCGGCGCCCCCGCCGGCCCUACAGAGACCCCUGGUCCCACGGAUCCUGCUACACGGUCUGCAGGGGGGCACUGAGCCGCCGCCUCCACCGCCUCCUCUGCCCCCCAUGUCCGGCGUGCUUCCUCGGCCAGCUCAGCAGCGGUGAGCCGCUCACUGCUGAUAUUCCUUUCUUAUUUUUCUUUUUCUUUUUAAACAAAGCGGAUCCAGUUUGGGAGGCUUUAGAAUAUAAAAGACAGAAAAUAUAACAAAACAAACAAACAAACAAAAAACAGACUAACAAGAGAGAAAAACAACAACAAUAACAAAAGAAAACAGACAAAAAAAAAAAAAAAAAACAGUUCGGCCUAUGAUGAAAAAGGUCGAUUAAGAUGUGGACAAAGAUUCCUACAGACUAUGGAUUUUCUUUCUUUUCUCUUUUUCCGUCUCGGGGAACAUGAGCUUUAUUUAUAUUUUAUUUAUUUUUCCAUGUGGCUCAAAGCUUUUAAGUUAUGUAUUUAUUUAAACCCAGUGUCAGUAUUCUGUGACUUUUCCAACAGGCUCCAAAUGUUGGUGGCACUUUGUCAACAGAAAAAGCCAAUAAAACUUCCUAUUAUUAUUAUUAUUAUUAUUAUUAUUAUUAUUAUUAUUAUUAUUGGGUGAUUACAUGUCGCCCACAUAAAUAAAUCAAUAACUUUCCGUUUGAACCCUAAACAUCCAAAGGACUAGUGGAUUUUUUUUUAAUGAAUCUGUCAUUGAUUUUUCGCCUCUCCAAGUGAAGAUGGUCAGCUGUCAUGAACUUGUAAAUAAGAAUAUUUUGCAUUUUAACCAGUAGAGGCUGACUUCUGUUUGUUUUGUUGCGUCUUUUUUGGAACACAGAAUAGGCUAGAUUAGCCACCAGAAACUAUACAUGCAAGCGAGUCAGAAUAAUAAGAAAAUACACAAAACAAAAUAAGGACUAAUUUAAUAAAAAACAUAAUAUUGUCUGAGAAAGGAUGGACUAACCUAUCUGGACCCACGUGAAGGCACCAUCAGGAGAGGUCCGGAAAUAAAUAAAAAUCUAUAUAAAGUUGUUUUUUCCCCUUUUUGUUUUGAACUGAGUACAAAUGUCAAGUGGUUUAUAUCUAAAAGAAAAGUUUUACCACCACAGAAGUGAAGGAAAUCACCUGCUUGGUGGUUGUUUUUGUAUUUUUCCAUAAACCAACCCAUCGGACUCGGGUCCUCGCGCAGGCGUAACCGCCUGUUGAGUUGUUGUAUCUGAACAGACAUUGUGUGGGUUCCCUAUGUUACUUCAUAUGAAGCUGUGAUAACUUUUUAAUUGUUAUACUCUCCUUUGGUGAAAAUGUAUAUUGCCGAUAUCAAACUUGUGGAGUGGUUUUUCGUAUACUUCCCUGGAUCGUUUUUAUUUGAAGAAUUAUUAUUUUUUAUUUCUUUCCAUUAACAUCCUCAAAAUUUCCCCCUAAAAUUCGUGAAAUUAUUUUUUCUUUUUCCCUUUUUUUUUAAGUGAAUUUCACAGCAAAACGUUGGACAGAAAAAGGGGGGAUUUGAUGUAAAAGAGAAUUACUUUUAUAAAUGUGGAAAUAAAAAGUCUUUCGUUUAA